UUUAUAUCGAACGUACUUGCCAUUCAAAGAUUGACAGAAGGUUGCUAGUACAUCUUUGUUUGAUAAACUUUGCCGUUAUGGAUGGAAUUGAUAGAAUGGCGUGUCUGUGUUUUGGGACGUAAAUUUUACCGGGAGAAGUAGGAGUAGUUUGUCAACAGUGGUGUGGGUGCGUUACGCGAAAGUGUCAUGGCGUGGGUUAUUACGUUUACACAUAAUUUGCUGACUGUACGGGUUUCGAAUGCCGUACAUAUUUCGGUUGUAUCAACCUUAUGGUUAAAGUAAAUUUGUUUAAAAUUUUAUAUGUGAAAAUGAUUCUCGUUUUAAAAUUUUAACCAGAAAUUGAAGACACCUAUCUCCAAUUCUGUAUGUGUGUGCUCGUGAAAUUCUUAACCAGACGAUUUUAAGUGCUUCCUGUAUAUCGUUUGUAGUAUAGUGCAUGAAAGUUCAAAAGAAAGUGGAGAUUAACGAUGAAAAGUAGUGGACUGCAAAGGUAAAAUUCCUCAGUUGUUUGGUACUCGGGAACCAUAAUGUGUGAUGAAUUCUCGAGAAAGGCCCUGAAAGUUGCAGUGGCAUUGAUAUGUCAGACCAUUGGAUGGAAUUCGAUUAUGAGCACACCUCUGGAAAUUAUGAUUGAUCUUCUUCAGAGAUAUCUCGUGGAACUUGGUCGAGUCACUCACCGGUAUGCAGAGCUCUUUGGACACACACAACCUAAUCUCGAUGACCUAGGUCUUGCGUUUCGAGAAAUGGGAAUAAAUUUGCAGGAUAUGGAGGAUUAUAUUAAAAACGUGGAAUCUGUACCAUGUCAUGGUGAAAUUCCAAAGUUUCCUGUUCCUCGAGACUCUCAUCUGAAUUUUUUGAAACCAGGGAGCAGGGAAGUUGUUACACGACCAGUUCAUGUGCAUGAGCACUUACCUCCUAUGUAUCCUGAAAUGGAAGAAGAUGAAUAUUUAUUGAAGCAGUCCCCACUUUCGGUUGACACUUCAAACAAUUUGGGAUCUACAUCACCACUCGCUAGUCCAAAGUCGAAUGUAUUCAAAAGACCAGGGGAUCCUGUUUCCUUGGAGAACCCUGUUUUGAAGAGGACGAGAAUGUUGAUGGAAGAAGAAGGUCGUCCUCUUCGAGAAAUCAGUAGUGUUAUGAUGACAACAUCUGGAUUUCUAUCACCUGCACGGGAAGGAAAGCUUCCUGAAUCACGAACGCCAUUGCAACCUUCUGAUUCUCGUUCCAAUUCUCCUCAGCCUUCAUCGUACCCCAUGGUACCCCCAGAAGUGAAAGGUGAGAAGAAAUCUAAAAAAGCUACACAGAAGAAAGCAGUUGACGCUGUUAAAAAAACAGACAAGGAAAAUAAAAAGGAACACAGAGUGAAAGAACUUGUUAAAUCUGGCAAAGGACACGCCAGUGACGAAACAAAAGUUAAAAAGUUAGUCAGUAUGAAGGAACUUUCUAAACUGAAAGCCUUGAAACCAGGAGCUGUAAAAAUGUCACAGAAUUUUCAGUUAGCAGGUCCAAGUUCAUCUAACAAACCAGGCAAACUUCCGGUAUCAAAAUUAUCUGCAAUUAAAACUGCUGUUCCAGACACUCAGAAAAUCAUGAGACAUGUGUCACCUGUGGCAAAAUUGUCUAAACCAGAAAAAGUGCAUACUGCUACACUUCCACAACUUAAAUUAAAUUCACCAGAAAAAAGUAGGGAACCAACUAUAAUAGAAGGAAAAUUGUCAACAGAACCCGAUAAACAGAAACUCAACAUUUUCAAAAAAAUAUCAAAAGUCAAGGAAGAGAAGGUUGACAGGAUAGAAAAAAUUGAUAGGACUGAAUCUGCAGAUUCAGUUAUGAGAGAUUCACGUGAAAGUUCUCCAAGAUUGAUAAUAGAUGAAUCAGAAAUGAACAGCCGGCAAAGAGAAGCACGAAUGGCCCAGAUAGAUGACUGUAUUGAUGCAGUCAUUCAGCAGGGUAUGGAGAUUGUUAAUGAGGACAAUAAUAGUUCUCACAGUAAAUUAUCAACACCAGGGAAUGAUGUGACAAGGGGAAACAGUUUGGCAUGUGUAACAAGUCAUCAACCAGGUUCGGAUGAACUAUAUAUGUAUGAUGAUGAUCUUUCACCACCUGGAACUCCAUCGUCUACCCCAAAGACUCCUGAGCUUCCGACACCAUCUCGUAAAGCUGAAAAAAUGCCAGAAGUUAAAGAAAAGAAAAAGAAAAAAGAAAAAUCAAAAACAAAGAAAGAGUCAAAAACAAAAUCUCAGAAAGAGUUGCACAGUCCUAAGAAGCCAAAGAUAGAAUUGAUGGACUUGGACAGUUCAGAGAAACCGAAAACUCCCGAAGCGGAAGAACCAUGUGAAAUAGUUCAGCCACCAGUUUUUCCUUUCUUUUCACAUUUUCCUCCAACACCAGGCCUUAUUCCUCCUCCUCUAGGACAUCCACUUUUCCCAAGGUUUCCUCUCCCCCUUGGAAAAAACUUACCUCAUCCUGCAAUGCCCAAUCUGCCCCUUCCACCACCACUUCUUAUGCAGCCUCCUGCUGAAGAGCCAGAAGAGGAAUCACCAAAGACUCCUGAAAGAUCUUCAAGUCUCUCUUCUUCAGGUCCAGUUCCAGCAAAUGUAAAAGCAGAUUCUCCUGAAAAGGUGCAGAUAUCUAGUCACAUCAUAAAGAAAACCCUUGAAAAGAAAGUGAAAGAGCACCGAAAGGAGAGAAAAGAUAAAGCAAAGAAGAAGAAGGAAAAAAAGCUGAAAGCAAAGAAAGAAAAAGGAGAAAAAAGGAAAAUCAAAUUAGAGAAGAAAGAAAAACUCAAAGAGAAGAUCAAAGAAAAGAAAGAAAAGAAAGAAAAACGUAAAGAAAAAGAGAUGCAACCAGAUCAUGCAAAUCCAAGUAAGGUCCCUACACCAAAACCACUCUUGAUGGCUGCUUUCUCUCAUUUCCAGAGAGAGGAAAAAUCAGAAAAACCAGAGAGUGCUGUGCCAAAAAUUACAUUUAAACUUGGGUCAGGAUCUUCAUGUCCUCCGUCACCUGAUGAAAGUCAACACAGGAAGAUUGUGAUAAAAUCUUUCACAAAGAAUCAAGAUGAUGAUGAAGAAGAAGACAGUGAGAAAGAGCAGCAGUGCUCUAGUACAGAAGAACCUGUCAAACGUGAACCUUCUCCUGAACUGGCUCGUAUCUCUGCCCUGAUCACAAGGCCGCCGAAAACCAAGCCUUCAAGUAAGCCCUCUGUUCCAAAGCCAGAAGAAACUAUGGAAUCCACUACCAUUUCCAUUUCUCCUGCAGCAAGCAGUACAUCUUCUGCUGCAUCCUCUCCUGAAAGUCCUCCAACUGUAACAUAUACCAAAUUCAAAAAGAGUCCAAAGUUUAAUCCCAAAUUCAAGGCCAAAGAUGUUACAAGGAAAAUUGGGGCUGAAGUGGAAGAGCAGAAGGAACCAGUAGCAUAUUAUUAUGAUAAUGAUGGCAACAAAGUAUGGAUAUGCCCUGCAUGUGGUGGUCAAGAUGAUGGCAGUCCAAUGAUCGGCUGUGAUGACUGUGAUGCAUGGUAUCACUGGGUAUGUGUGGGCAUUCAAGUUCCUCCAGAUGAAAAUGAAGACUGGUACUGCCGUGUAUGCAUUGUCAGGAAGCAGGAGAAUAUUGUUGACAAAAAGAAGAAAUCUAGAAAGAAAAAAGUUGUCCCAUGAAGUGAAGGUAGUCACGAAGUGGAAGGCAAGCGGAGAAGAAUAUUGUAUGAAGCUGCUUUCAAGCAUGAAGUAAUUCUUUAUGCGGAAAAAUAUGGCAACAGAAGGGCAGGAAGAGAGUUCAGUGUAGAUGAGAAUAAUGUUUGCUUAUGGAAAAAACAGAAAUUGGGAUUAUUUGCAACUACCGCUACUAAGUCCGCAGCUCGUGGUCUUGCGGUAGCGUUCUCACUUCCCACGCACGGGGUCUCUGGCUCAAUUCCCGGCGGGAUCAGGGAUUUUGCCUUCCUCGAGAUGACUGGCUGUUGUUGUGUCGUCUUCAUCAUCAUCAUUCAUCCCCAUUACGGUUGGAAGAAGGCAAUGGCAAACCACCUCUGCUAGGACCUUGCCUAGUACAGCGAUGCGGGUCUCCAGCAUCGUCCCCUACACUCUUCGGAGUAUGGGACAUCAUCAUCAUCAUCAUCAUCAUCAUCAUCGCUACUAGAAAGAAAUUCACUGGACCUCACAAGGAAAGACAUCCUGAUAUUGAAGUAAAUGUUUUGGAAUUCGUCCGAGAAAAGAUGAAGAAUGGGCAGCCUGUAACCAGUGACACCAUAAUAAAAAAAGGAAAAGAGGUGGCUGCAGCUCUUAAUAUACUGAAGCAAGAGUUUAAGGCUAGCCGGAGAUGGGUUAAUCAUGAGCAGGCCAUCUCUGCAACGCCAUACAACAAUAUUCCAAAAACCUCCACAGUAUUUUGAGAAGAAACUUCAAGAAUUUCAGUGAUAUGUUAUCUCACUUCAGUAAGAGAAGAAUUUUUCGAUGGGUUACAUAGGCAACGCUGAUGAGACUCCAGUUUGGUUUGAUAUGCCAUGUAAUUAGACGAUUGGUGAGAAGGGUACAAAAGAAGUUACCGUCAAAACAUCUGGGUGCAAAAAACAGCAUGUAACAGUAAUGCUGGCAAUCACAGCACAUGGGAACAAACUUCUCCCUUUUUUAAUCUUCAAGCGAAAAACAAGCCCCAAGUCUCCAAAAAAUUGAAAAGCUAUUCCCUGAUUGUGUCGUUAUCGGAAUCAAGAGAAGGGAUGGAUGAUUGAGACAUUGAUGCUUGACUAGCUCCGAAACGUGUUGUAACUCCGUCCUGGUGGGCUUUCCAAGCAGCCAUCAAUGGUUUGUUGUGAUUCAUUUCGUGGUUAUCUCACAGACGACAUAAAGAAGAAGAUCCACAGCCUUCCCAAUGAUAUUUUUAUUAUUCCUGGAGAAUGACUUCUGUGUUAUAACCCCUGGACGUUAGUAUAAAUAAACCUUUCCAAGGUUACAUUCAGGAACAGUAUAAAAAAUUGUUUUGCAAAACAAAUCGUGAUCUGACUCCGACAGGAAAAAUGAAAUGUGCUACACCCCACAUUAUUGUGCACUGGGUUUUGGCUGCCUGGAAAUGCAUCGAAGCACCAAUGAUUGUAAAAUAAAAUCAUUCAAGAAAUGGUAUAUUUCAAAUACUCUUGAUGGCAGUGAAGAUUAUGUGCUCCGGAAUGACACUGAGGAUGGCAGGGUAGGAGGAAUUGAAUCUAUUUCUGAUGUAGACUCUUCCGAGGAUUGCAGUAAUAAUGACAUUAGUGAAUAAUGAUGAAUAA